CAUCUCACCCAAAAACUCCCAUAAAACCUUUCUUCUUCCGGGUUACAAACCGGAUGUCGUCAUAUUUGUGUUGUUCAGGACUGGAGCAAGAAUUGGUGGCGUUAUAACUGAUCCAGAAUCAGCAUAAAAUGUUUUACAAUCCAAGCUGUUAACAAGGCUAAAUUACAGGGCAGGAAGCACCUUCUAAAUAAGACGAACUGAGGUUAAUACCUACAUUUUGGAUUGGAUUUCAACCAAAGUAUCAAAACUUAGUGAUUUACAAUGAAUUUCAGCGAUGCUAAGAAUAAUAUACUACAAAUUCUGAGCAGAACAAACUCUCAGGAUCUAAAUAAACUCAUCAGAUGGAUGAAGCAUUCAGAUGAUCUUGAUAAUUAUUUGGUUGACAAUCAAAGAGCUAUACUCCAAAGUAUUGCAGAUGAUCUGAGGUGUUCUCUUCCCUUGGAGGCAAUGUUUCCUUCAGAGACCAUGGCCAUUCAGAAGACUCAACAGAACCCCAAGCCUACUAUGCACAUGGAUGCAUUUUUGUACGAUGAGGAAACUGUAGAUGGUCUCUGUGAAGAUGGCAAAAUUAGUCGCAACUUCUGUCUCGAUUGUGGAUCACGUAAUACAGCUUCUAUGGAGUUUAUCUCACAUUCGUUCUCAAUCUCGGAGCUCCAGUACUUGUUUCUUCAUGUUCUCCCGGACCUUUCAGGAAAGUUGGUAGUGGAUGUGGGUUCAAGGCUUGGAGCAGUGCUCUAUGGGGGCUACCUCUACAGUGCAGCAUCGCAUCUCUUUGGUGUAGAAAUAUGUGAAGAGUUUGUCAAGCUUCAAACAAUGACCGUUGAGAAAUAUGGUUUCAGUGACAGAAUUCAGGUGAUUCAUGCAGAUAUAUGCUCUCAGGCAGUUUUGUUGAAAAAUGCAGAUGUGCUAAUAAUGAACAAUGUGUUUGAGUACUUUAUGGAGCCCAAAGACCAAGUAAGAGCAUGGCAGUUCAUUAGUCAAAAUUUCUUAAAAAAAGGUGCAUUGUUGGUUACAGUUCCAAGCAUUGAAGAAGCUCUCAUGUCACUGCAAGAAACAAACGGAGCACCAUCAAUUGUCCACUGGUUGCAAGAAGUACCUCUUGAUUAUAGUGUUUAUCCACAAAAUGACAUAGACCCAGAUUCCCUCAAGCAAAUACACCUUUACACAGUAAUUUGACAUCAUUCAAAAUUAAUUAAGGAUCAUUCAAAAUAGAUGUACAAGUAUAAAAAUCAGUUUUAACAAGAUUAAUGCAGUAUAGCUCAUGAGCUUUGCACAGAUAAAGCUGGCAAAGCAGUAAAGGGGUUCAUUUCGAAACCACACAACUCCAUAAACUCAGGUUGGCUAGCGGUAUAGUCUGUGUGGAGUUUCUGUGUGUGUUCUCUUCAUGUCCAAGUUUCUUUCAAGUUCUCUGGUUUCCUCCCAAAUCCUAAAAAUGCUAGUAGAUUGACUGCCUCUAAAUUAUCUAAAGUUAGGAUUAAUAAAUUAAGUAAUGAAUAAAUGAACAGAUAAUGGAGAAAUUUAAUCUUUUCUUAAGGAGAUUUGAUAGGAAAUUUUCUUUGACCGUAUUGUCACAUUCAUUCAUUUGUCUAUAGUAACCACUUUACGGUCAAGGUCAUGGUUGAUCUGGUCAUGGUGUCCAUCAGGACUACUCACUGUACCCAUUUUAUACCAAAAGUUUGUACAAUACACAUUAUGGAUUUACACACCAUAGUACGUUCACUGUAUUAUCAAAAGUUCUUAUACAGCCACAAGAACAUUCCUCAGGUCACGCACAAAUGUUGACCUGGGGCAGUUGGUUCAGUGAUUUUGACGACAGGGCUCUGUGCUGGUCGCACACGUUCUCCCACUCCAACCUUGGCAAACCAUGUCUUCAUGAACACCUCUUUUGACAAUGAGGAGUGUCGUGUUGGAACAAGUUUGGGCCUCUUAUUUACAGUGAAGGGAUCUUGUAAAGCAACAGCAUACAAUGUUAUUCUAUACAAUUGAGUGCUUCCAUCUUUGUGGCUACAGUUUGGAGGAAAAAUCAUACAGGAUGAAAAAAAAUCAUACAGGAAAAAUCAACGGGUGUCCCGUACCUGAGGCCAUACUGUGUUUGUUGUUAUACGGUAUGCAUUUUUCUGACACUUUGUUUUUUCUUUCUAAUGAUUCCUUUCUUGCUUAUUUGCCAAUAAAAAAGCUCUUUCUGA